AUGUUCCUCGUCUCCAAAAAACACAAGACCCCCAUCAGCACUUACACCGACUCUUACCGCCCACCAUGCUCUGUCAAAAAGACCAUCAAAGAGAAGCAGCCACAGCAGCCCUGGAAAGAAAACAAGUUUGUGACACAGGGAUUAACGAUGCCCCCAGUGCAAAAUCCAUCGAGCCAAGGUCAGUCCGAGCAGCUGAUUAAGGCAGCAAUGCAGGAGUACUACAGGAACACCAUCGACCCCGGAGCCUACUGGCCUGAGAAGUACUGGCUGGCCAGGUCCGAAGAGAAGUACAACCCAGUUUUUGUCAACGAGGACAAAUACCUCACCUGGAGAACAGGUCCCUACAACAGCGCAGCCUGGAAUAAGCACUCCUCUUACCUCCCCCUCCUGCCCAAGGAGACACGGAUGGAUACCUUCCUGCAAAGCAUACCCAUGCCAUACCUCCCGAAAUCCACCUGCCUCAACCAAUUUGAGAGGGAGGUGGUCACCAACAUGCUGCACAGGCUGCCCGUGUACACCGUGACGGGGAGGCAACCCUUCCAGGGCUACUACAGCCCCUGCUCUGGGCGCCACUACUGCCUGCGAGGGAUGGACUACUACGUUGAUAGGACCACUGCCAUCAGAAGGCAUCUCCACGCACUAGGAGAGAGGGCUGAGUAUCCCAUGCUGCAGUUACAGCCCCAGAGCCAUGUUGUGUACAUCUACACAUCACCUCCAGCGAUCCUCCACGUACAGGAGCCCUAG